AUGAGUACACGCGACCCAGUUUUCUAUCCUUUGGAAACAAUGUACAGAAUUGGCAGUGGUGACUAUCACCACCUGCACUACGAUUUUUCAUAUAUUCCAUUCGAUCAAUAUACGAGAUUCUUCAAUUCGUUACCAAAUAUUCUUUACAAGAAAACAGAAAACGUUAGAUUAUCAUGCGACUUUGAGUUCAAGUAUUCUGAAAAACAGAAAAUUGAUCACAAGAGAAAUCCUAAGAAAGAACAAUAUAUCGAAGAUUCGAUUGCUGGAAUCAAGCCAAGAUUUGUUCCAUACUUAAUAAAGAUUUUAUCACGUGUUUUACCAAGAACAAGAACACUUACAAAUCUCCAUAUCUCUUCUAUGAGAAUUAAGCCAGAAUAUCUCGAAACUUUAGUUGAUGCAAUCGCUUCAUGCAAGACACUGAAGUCAUUGCACUUUUCAAAUACCGAACUUCCACCGAAAAUUGUCAUAGCUCUAUUAAACCGAAUUUCACCAUAUCAAUACGUGAAACUUUCAUUCAAAAACUGCGGACUUACAAGCCAUUCAUAUCCAGCAUUCGAAAAUUUCUUACGUAGACCACCUACAUCAUCGACAGACGUCAAAACCAUUCGUCAAAUCACAAUUAUUGGCUCUCAAAUGACAGAAAUCGAGUUGGAUAAUAUAGAUUACCUUCUCAAUCCAGAUGAUGAGGAAGAGGAAUACAUGGAUGAAGAGGAAGAAGAUCAGGAUAUCAGAACUACACUCACACAGACAAUGGAAGGCCAAGUUUCAGAAGACUCUUCAGAGCAUGAAGCUCCAAAGCCUUCUCAGCAACCAAAGUCUUCAGAAAAGAAACAAUCUUCUCCGUCAUCAAAAGAAGAAGGCAAACCAGCUGAACAACCAGCGAAACCAAACGCUCAGGAUGAAUAUGAAUACGAGAAAGAUGAACCAGCAGCUGCUUCGCCAAAACAAAAUGUUAAUAAUUCUGCUCAGAAAGAAAAAGCUGAAGCUAGCCAACAAAAGAAGCCUUCUCCAAAACAAGCUCAACCAGAACCAGAGCCAGAGUACGAAUAUGAUGAAGAAGAGGAAAUUGCAGUUGUUUCUAAACCUCAGCUACAAGCUUCUCAAAAGAAGACACCUCCACAGAAACAGCCCGAGCCACAGCAAGAAUAUGAGUAUGAAGAGGAUGAGCCACAGAAACCUCAACCACAGAAUAACACUAAUUCUCAGCAAAAGGCACCAGAACCACAGUAUGAAUACGAAUACGAAGAGGAUGAACCACAACAAGCUCAGCCAAGCCAACCACAGCCAAAACAGAAUCAGCCUCAACCAGAAUACGAAUAUGAGUAUGAAGAAGAUGAAGCUCAGCAGCCACCACCAAAGCAGCAGACACCUAAACCUCAACAGCAGUUAGAAUCAGAUUACGAAGAAGAGGAAGAAGAUCUUGAACCAGCUCCAAAGCAAAAUAACCAAAAUCCGAAACAGAAUCAACCACCUGCAAACGAUGACUACGAAUAUGUAGAAGAAGAGGAAGAGGAAAAGGUUGAACAGAAGCCAAAACAACCAACAGGAAGAGUAGCACCUCCAAAUUUAGUAGAUGAUGAAACAGAAUACAAAUACGAAGAGGAAGAAGAUGCUCCUCCUGCCAAUAAUCCUCCGAAGCAGGCAAAACCUCAGCAACAAUUAGACGAAUACGAGUAUGUUGAAGAGGAAGAAGAGGAAGAAAUCGAAAAACCUGUUCCAAUGAAGCCACCGGCUAAGCAGGCCCCGCAAGAACCUGAAUACGAGUACGAAUAUGAAGAGGAAGAUGCAUAA